GAGAUGACUGAGGUGAUCCAAAGAUGUACUUCAAGUUAUACAUGAAGAAAGUGAAUGCGAAUUAUUGUUAAAUUCUGAUGAAAAAUCUAAUUUACAUUUUUGUAGUCUGUUCUAUUAGAAUCUUAGUGCUGCAUGACGACAUAUUUUUAUUUCAGAAAACCAAUAUUUUCGGUAAAAUAAUGACCAGGAUAGUGCGCCGUCGAAAUCUAGGCCUAAACAAUGAAGAGUAUUUGGUUCGAGAUUUGCUAUUCCUAUUUUUGUGGUCUUUAUUGGUGUCAUUGUGCAUGAAUUUUGUCCUGAAAUGGCCAACUGCAACUGCGCUCAACGUGCCUUCCAAUCAAAUCAACGACGAUGCGAACGAUACUGCGGCAAUCAAUGGCAAAAUAAACGUGCAUGACAAAAAGUUUCCACAUGAGGUAGAAUUUUUCUACUCGUAUUUAAAAGCUAUGUCGGUCAACUUCACCCCAGAUAGUGAGAAGGAAAUUGACGAAACUCUUGAAGAAGUUAGCAGUAGCAAAGGGUUUUUUAACUCAACUAAAUCAAAUGUAACUGCGAUUUUCCCCCUUCCUGCUAAAUCUCAACCUGGAAAUGGUUCAAUUAUCCCUGAAGAUUCAAAAUUCUCAACUUCCAAUUCUGUUGAUAAGGAGCUGAAUUCCUUCGCUGAUCACAGGAUUGAGUUCUCUGGCCAUGAGUUGUCGCUUGGGAAAAACAAAAUUUCGAAGAAGCGGAUUCCGUUAGUAACUGAUUUCAUGGAAAAAAGAAAAAAUAGGGACAAAAAAAGCAACAUUAAGCAUGUCCUGAAGGUGACGUACGAUUUUAUCCACCCCCGAGUUCAGACACCACGGUCGACUUUCGUGAAAACUAAGAAGCGCGAUUCGGAUUUCCAUUCCAAAUCUGAAUCGCUGAGGAUUGAACCUGAAAAUUUUGUCAAUGUGGCUCCUUCGGUGAACUAUAAGUACGAUGAUGUCAGCUUCUAUGAAACAGAUCCCGUUAAUUCAUUUCACAAGCGAAAUGAAAAUCCCUUGUCCAACGAGUCUGCACCUCAAACUAGUAGUGCUCAAAUUGUAACACCUGAUGCGGCCAGUGUUGAGCCCAUGGCUGGAACUACAGGCGAAGAAAUAUCUUCAAAUCAUUCAUCCGACGUUGUGAAUACCACUAUGGAAGGAAAAAUUAUUCCUAAUGAUAUGUCUAAAGCUGCUGCUGUCAAUAAUGUCUCGAAGGAGAAGCCUCGCUCGUCCGAUCCUGACGCUGAUUUACUUCAUCUCACUACCGGGAAGUUCGACGUCAACGAUCCAAGUCUGGUGACCAUCCCACCUGGACAGUUUGAUACCAUGGACUUUGAUGUACCUGGUGAACCACUCACCCCAGAAGACUACGAAAACGCUGCCCUCCAAGAUGAUGAACCAGUUGACACAUCGAAACAAGUGGACCCAACCACAACAGCAGAGCAGUUCGAAGGCGACAUCCGCCUUGUUGAGGAUGAUAAACCUAUUAACAAAUCUGCGUUGGAGGGACUCCCCACCUUCCGCUCUGGCAUCGUCAGCAGUGAGCGACUGUGGCCGAAUGGCAAUGUGCCUUACCUUCUGUCCUCUACCUUCAGGGACGAGGAGCGAACUAUAAUCGCAAAAGCGAUUAAGACUUUGCACGACCAAAGCUGCGUCCGCUUUAUACCUCACAGCAACGAGCGCGACUACAUCCACUUCCUCAAAGGCGACGGAUGCACGAGCAACAUCGGUCGCGUCGGAGGGUCCCAGGCCGUGUCACUGGGUCCAGGAUGCUUUAGGGCUGGGGUUGUGAUGCAUGAGUUGAUGCACGCGCUCGGCUUCUGGCACGAACAGUCCCGUUACGACAGGGACCGAUACAUCAACAUCAACUGGGACAACAUUCAGAAAGGCAAAGGCUACAAUUUCCAGAAGUACGACUUUAAAGGCCUUCAGCAUGUGGGCACGCAGUACGACUUCGAGUCGCUGAUGCAUUACUCGCCCUUCGCCUUUGCCAAGAACCGCAGUCUGCCCACUGUAGAGCCCAAGACCGGUCAGCACGCAGUGGGUCAACGACGCGGCUUAUCUUCAAACGACUUGCAGCGGCUGAUGGAACUCUAUCCAUGCCCCAACGCGACCGCCCCAGCCAACUUCCCAAACGUCCAUCUUCCCACUGCUACGCUUCCUCCUCCUGUCCCGGGCCUCUGUCUUGACACUGACCGGCACUGCGCAUCGUGGGCACAGAUGGGGCAGUGCACCGAAAACCCUGCAUGGAUGAUGCUGCACUGCAGGCAGUCGUGUCACCGUUGUGCAGAUUCGAAGUGUGUUGACCUGAACGAGAAGUGCGCCGACUGGAGGGCCACUGGGCAAUGCGAGCUGAACGCUCCCUACAUGCACCUCUACUGCAUGAAAAGCUGUCAGCUCUGCGCCGGUUCAGAGACGGGGAAAACCCAGGAGUGCACCAACAGCAACAAAAAGUGCGGACUCUGGGCGAGCCAAGGGGACUGUGUUCGCUAUCCUGGCUACAUGAACCGAUACUGCCGCAAGUCGUGUGUGCAGUGCUAGGCUUCUGUCACUUACUGGAUACUGCCGCAAGUCGUGUGUGCAGUGCUAGUCUUCUGUCACUUACCGGAUACUGCCGCAAGUCGUGUGUGCAGUGCUAGGCUUCUGUCACUUACCGGAUACUGCCGCAAGUCGUGUGUGCAGUGCUAGUCUUCUGUCACUUAAUCGAUACUGCCGCAAAUCUUGUUAGAAGAGUUGGGAUUCGUUCAAAAAAAGAUAUUAUGAAAUCAGAUGUUUUUGGAAAAUGGUUCAUCACUUUCGAAAGUUUUUUACUUAAUUUGUAGUCAUUUUAUGCCAACGACUCCAAACGUAUCCGAGUAAAUUAACAAAAUUAUUGCGUUCAACACAGUUUUUCUUACCAGGAAAACUAUUGAACCUUGGACGUUUUUGCAAUGCAGGAUAUUUGAGUACAGAGCACGCAUGAUAAACAAUGCUGAUGUUUGUGGCAGCUGGCUCGCCAUAAAAUGGCUUAGAUGUUUUCUGUAACAUUGACAAGAAAGUUAGUACUAUAAUAUCCCCAAAAUUCUUAUCACUUGACGUAACUUCGAUAAAAAAUUUCAGUAAUAUAUCCGGGUUUAU